AUGAACGUCUUCAAAAGAAAGCCUAAGGACAAGGCCAGAGAUAAGGACAAGGAAAAUGUCGACCCGUUCACCUCCGAUGCCAGCAGUUUCUCUGCUAGUGCGAAGAAGUCUCGUAGCAUGAAGCGCAAGAACAAGAACGCGCCGGAGCCGAAACCAGAGUUCAACCUUUCCGCCGCCCUUCCAGAUUCGAAUGAUUUCAGAACAAGUCUGAUCAUGCCUGGACUGUCGGCACGGUUUAGUAUGCUGAAGGAGCAGGAUGAUCCUAAAUCUCUUCUGGGGAAAGCAAGCGAUGACAGCGUCCUUUUCCCCAAGAGGGCAUCCCGGAUGAACCUCUUUGGGCACGGUAAUCAACUUGCCGACAUCGCGGAGACCGAGUCAUUACACUCGAUCCCAAAGCCAUUCGCACGAGACGAGAGGACACUGUCGAUGUCCGAUGGGGGUUACGGAAGCGACGACGGCGGCAGCGUUAUGGGCCGUUCGCGACCUGGAGAAGGCAACAACCUUUUUGGUGGCCGCCAGAAGGUAUAUAGGGUAGCUCCAGGAGCCCCAGGGCAAGGAAAACAUCUUUACGACGACGAUGUCGCCAAAUCCCCCUAUCAGCAAUGGCGAGCCGGGAGGUCGCAAGAGCAAGUCAAACUGGACACGGAACCUCGACCCGAAAGCGCUCCUCGAGACUCGGAGGAGGCGGACCAGGUCCAGUCUCCGAUGACAGCUUUUAGCAAGAACCGGGGGACGACAUCCUCGACCAUGUCGGGGCCGUCAAACAGGAGGACAUCUACAGCUGCUACCUCAAUCGUCACAUGCGAUUCUCCUAUUCCUCGGCAGAACAGUGGUCAUGCUCCGAACUCGAAAGUGCGGUCCUCAGACGGCUACGAGAGCAGUAGUGUCUCACGAAACCCCUCGUCAAAUUCUCGCAAGGACUUCCCUCUCAAGGAAGCCGCGGCCCAACCGCCUAUGCCAUCUGCAUCCCCCCUCGGAAACCGUCUCUCACAAUCCAAGAGUGCUAUCAAUCUUAAGGAGAGAUACGGCGCCCCUAGCCCGGUAUUCUCGACCAAUGCGUACCGCGCCAACAGUCCUCCCCCAACUGGCCAACCAAUGUCGUCGCUGGACAAUGGUGUUCAAGAAGCUUCUAAAGGCGCACUCAUGCAAGCGCGUCGAUACCAGACAGCGUCCCCAACACAUCAAAUGUUUGACGAGGACGACAAUGUAUAUACCAGUAACCUUCAGCCUAACGACCGUGGGAAGGCUACUGCCAUGGGCCUUUUCAACCGCCCUCGUCAACAGUACGACGAGCAGCAGUUUUUGCAGCGCCAGCGCCAAAUGCACGAGGGUCGAUCAUCACCAAUGAAGGCUGAAACCCCCGACCGUGUAGCCUCCCCAGACGUCAAACCGUCUGCUCUAAAUCGUGUGGACCACGCCGCCUCUGCGCUGUCCAACCGUCGACCGUUCGAGAGACAGUCGCAGGACUCACAACAAGAUCAGGAGGUCACUUCGCCGCACGCAAAGAGCUACGAAAACGCGACUUCAACUAUGAAGACGGGCGGCGAAGAAGACCGACUGCAGAAACCUUCCUCCGCACCAAACGCAUCCGGAAGCAAGGUCAAGGCUCGGAUCGAGUCACUCAUCAGGCGCCAGAACGCCGAGCUGAAUGCUAUGGAAGUGGACUGGCAGCCAUCUGCACCGACAAGCAGAGAGCGAAAACCGUCUGCCAACUCUUCGAACUCUAAUAAGAAGAAGCCUAGUAGUCCGUUCCUCAAUAGAUUCGACAGCAGUGACGACGAAUCUGAGGAAGCCGAACAAGAACCACAGCGAGUUUCCAGACCGAGGAUCGCUCCUGACGAUGUGCACCCUGCCCUCCGCAACGGGACACACGACUUUGAUUUCGGCGAGCAAGUGUCUCCUCGCCCUGCUCAACGACAGUCCAACGGCUCUAACAACCCCCCAUCACUCUACGUGAAUCCCGACGCUCCUCCUGCAGCUCCUUCGCAGCCGGUUGCUGAGGAUUCGCCCACCCUUGGACCUAAUGGCCUAGGACUCAGUGGCAUGAUCCGCACGCAUCUUCGCCACGACAGCGACCGAUCUUCCGUAUAUCCUCAUUCCCCAUCCACUUCCAAUUUCCAUUUCUCCCGCACCUCUCGCGAGAUGUCUAUGGUCUCUACCUCCAACACCAUCAAUCCGCCAGAAUCUGUGCACAGCGACCCUUGGGAGUUCGACAAUGCGCAGCAGCAGCGGAAACAGCAGCACCAUCAACAACAAGAUCGCAUUAGCCCGCGCAAGCACGCCGAACUGGCAGCCUCGGGGGCCGUAGAGGCUGCGGCUCCUACAAUGAGUCAGAAAGCUCAACAAAUUCUGGGACACGCCGCUGCACAGCGUACUCAAGCUGCUGUGGCCGCGUCUUCCUCUAGCAAAGCCCAGCGCAUCCUCGGAAAUGAAGCCCCCGGCAACAGUAGCGCGGAAAGCAUUACCUCCCCCCGUUGGCCCCCGACAGCCAGCAGCUUCGACCCGAACAGCAGCAACGAGACUGUCGAGUCACGACCUUGGGGUGCGCAAGAUGAACUCUAUGCGAAUGGCCAAAGUCAUGUUCGUAACCUUAGUUCAGAGACCCAGAAAGAGCGUAACGACUUCGAUGCCGAGCUCGCCGAACGGCGGCGUCGUAUACAGGAGGGUCUGAACAAAGGCAUGUCGGACCGCGAGCGCAGCAUGAGUCCCACAGCAGCCCGACAGUCGAGCGAGCAGCAUUCGCAGCCUUUCCCCACGCUCAAGCACAAGAGCAGCAACAAGGCCAUGAAGAUGCUGGGCCUGGGUAGUGGUGGGCCGACCGGACCUGCUGAGUUCCAGUACCACCAACAGCAGCGUCCACCCCCACGUCAUUACAAUAGCAGUGACAACGAGUACGACGAUCCUCCUCCGCGGGAACGCCAGUGGGGCCCUCGCUCUGGUGGUCGACCUCCUCCUGCUCCUAGUCAGAGUUACGCUUCCGGACGGCGCACGCCGCACGAGUCAGGUCGGCGCACUCCAGCUGACGGCCGCACAACACCCCACGGCAACUCGAGCAACGAAGACUUCGAGCGUAUGAGACAACGCUCCGCUACCCCCAACAGCGCUCGUGGUGGUGGUGGCGGCUAUGGCCGCGACCGUUCCGGAUCAGAAGCCGCGGAGCGCAGCAAGAGCCGCAACAGACAGUAUCGCGAGGAAGACGCCCACGGACCGCCUUCACAUAUGAGGCAAGGGAUGUCGCCCAGUCCUCCCCAUGCCAAAGCGCCGUAUGGUGAGCAGAGGCGUAUUCCAGAGGAAGGCAGACGAGGUCCAGGCUACGAGCGUUCACCCUCUGCCAUGUCUGGGCGUGCAAGAAGCAAUAGCCGUCCCGGCCCACCGCCACCGCAAGGGUACUUCGAUUCGCGCACGGGACCUCGCACGCCCGUUUUGAAUGGGCCUGGUUCUAAUGUGGGCCCCGGCCCUGCUAGGGAGAAGGAGCGGGAAGGUAUGAUGCCUCCUUCCACGGCCUCAGGCCUGGGCGCUGGUGGCCCAAGUCCUGCAGUUGGCGCCCCCCGCCCCUCGCCUCGACCUCCUCAGCCUCCCAGUUUGGGCUUGCCUGCAUCACCCAUGCCUUCCCAGUUCCCUGGUGCGCCGAGCCCUGCCAUUUCCAAUGCAUCGGGCUUCCCUACCUCACCCGCGCCUACCCAGACCCAAGCUCCAGCUCCCAGCGCCAGCAACGGCCGUGCUACUCCUAGCAUCGACGCUGGCGGUCGUAGUACACCAGCUGGCUCUCGCCGGCGCAUGACCGUCAACAAGGCCAUGAUCAGCGAGCCCACUCUGAUCAGCAGCACGUCUUCCGUACCGCUCGUCGGACUUCCCGCCGCGGCAAGCAUUGCAGCCCCCGGCACAACGGCCAUGGGGAACCACUCCUCACCGAACCUGCUCACGAUGGAAACGCCACCCGUGCCAGCCAUGAACCCGCGGCGGCAGCGCGGCGGCGGAGCGGAGUCGCCUGCCCUGGGCCUUCCUUCCGGCAUUGGUGGCUACGGCGGCAGCCACUCGGCUCAGCCGAGCCCAAGCUUCGGCAUGCCCAGCCAAUUCGCGCCCAGUAGCGCGCUUGAUGCUGGGCUCGGAGUAGCAGUGGGACCGGCUCCGCAGGGGCCGCCGCCGAGAGCGAAAGGGCGGUUGAGGAAGAUCAGCAGUGAAGGGGGGAAUAUGGCGAGUAAGGCUCGUCAGCAGGCGUUCAUGGCGGAGAUGAGGGGCGAGGCGGCGAGGACACCUACGUUGGGUGGAUUUGCGAGGAGUGCGACGAGUCUGGGCAUGGGGCCGACUGGAGGGAUGAGUGAUAAGGAAGGUGGGAUGUUCUAG